AUGUCCUCUCAGAAUAUGCUAUCCUCACUUCCAGGAAGAACUCAGUCUCCUGUGAAUUUGCCAAGAGGUGCACAUCCUGGGGCAGUUUUGUUAUCACCGAAAGGCUCAUCUGCCAAUCUGCAGGCAUUGGGCACAAACCCAACCAGUCCUUCUCAACAGCCAUUAUUCUUAAAUGAUCUGUUAAAUCAGCAACAGUUUUCAUUAGAUUCUCAGCUACAUCUUCGUGAUGAUUUAGGAAGACCAUCAAAUAUGGUUUCCCCAUUAUCCAAUUCCGCUAUGAAUCCAACUGCUUCAAACGGCUCUACUUUUUUGGAUACUUUUUCCAGACCUACAAGCUCAAUGGCGAUCAAUCAUCAACCAUUGCCAUUGCAACAUUCAAACAGUAAUGCUAAUGUUAUGGUCAAUUUCACCAAUGACGUUAACCAAUUGUGUAACUGGAUAUCAAUGCUCACGCCUUCUCAGCAGAACACUGUUAUGGACAAUCUUUUAUCUUCAUUGAACGAGGAAGUUUUGCAUAGUACGAAGUUAAAACUAGACUCUUUGGUUCACAGUGGUUAUAUAUCUCCUCAAUUGGGUCCUAUUGCUUCCCCUAUACCAAAUAAAGUUCAAUCUCAGGUGCAUCAAGCAGAAAACCCUCAGCCAUUGAAUUUAGACAGCGUUCUUAAUGGUGAUAACAUCUACAGACAAUGGUCACCAUUGCCACAAAAUACAGCCAGUCCAAUGCAGCAACCAAUGUACGAUUAUUUGGCUGAUAUCCCACGUCCUAGGUCUGCUGAUCCAUACAAUGCUUUCAAAAAGGGUGGCUUGUCAUCCGGCAAUGCAAACAAUAACAGCAAUAACGGCAAUGCAAUUAGCAACCUCAAUAGUUCUAAUCCUUUUGGAACAAACACCGUUAGCAGUACUAACAUGAGUAAUAGUAACAGCUCUAGCAGCGCCACUGGCAGAAAAAAUAUGAAUCAAAAUCAGCAUCAAAACCAAUACCUGAAUAGACCGCAAUCUCCAACAAAUAUCAAAGCCAAUGUUUUCAACAAAACUUCGUUAGCCACAUCCUCGAGCAAUUCUGGUAAUGCUCUCACUACGGUUAACUCGGCUUCUUCUACUACUAGUAAUUUCAAUUGUACAAACAACAGCAUGAAUGCGAAAGGGUUAUGUGAUCCAAAAUUAUUGAAAAACGUCCCUGCAUGGUUAAAAUCGUUGAGAUUACAUAAGUACUCUGAGGCGCUAGGUAGCAAACCAUGGUUUGAAUUAAUUUAUCUGGAUGAUGAAGCAUUGGAAAAUAUGGGUGUUAGUGCUUUGGGUGCUAGAAGAAAAUUACUAAAAGCUUUUAGUAUAGUCAGAGAAUACAAGGCCAACGAUAUGAUAGAUUCUAGUGCAUUUUAG